UGGCUCACAUGCCCCAUUAAUACCAAGCACACAUGGCCGCUCCUCUCUGCUCUCUCUUCAUCUCCUCCUCGGUUCCGGUCUCUCAUCCCUCACAUUAAUGUCUUCUUGUAGCCGGAGAAAGAUCCAUGUCCGCCACCCGGUGGUGGUGGACAUCGGGUGUAACUGCCGGAAGCCAAGGCUCGCCUCCCUCUUCUCUUCCUUCUCCUCUGCUUCCAAACCCAAGCCCAAAACCAGACCUGCGGAUCUCUCCACCACCACGUCCUCCUCCACCACCGCUUACGCCUCCACCUCCACGUGGGACCCUUCCUUCACCUCCACCGACGCCUCCCACGAGCAGACCCCCUCGCCGCCACCGCAGCCGCAGCAGAGGAGGAGGAGGAAGAAGAAGCACGGGAGGGUGGUGCGGGAGAGCCUGCCGGUCGUGAAGGAAACGUCGGAGCCGUACUCGGAGUUCAAGGAGUCGAUGGUCCAGAUGAUCGUGGAGAAGGAGAUCUACGGCUGGGACGACCUCAACGACUUGCUCCACCGCUUCCUCUCCCUCAACUCCCCACGCCACCACCACCUCAUCCUCCGCGCCUUCGCCGACCUCUGGAACGGCGUAUUCUCGCCUCCAUCCCCUCUAGCAGGCGACGACUACGCCCCUCCGCCGUUCUACUAACAAACCAAACCAACUCCCCUCGACGUCGACCUCCUCACCCCCGCUGGCGAAAGCAUUCAAGGAGGGGGCAAAGCGACGUCGAAGAACGAGUAAGCAUACUGUAGUUCGACAUGAUGAGUCCUGCAAGUGAAGUCGUGAUGUUUCCGUGUUUGUUCGACGUACUUGCGAUGGGCGUUAAUGAGAAGUAGAGGUAGUGCAACGAUGGAGAGGCGAAAGGUAUCAUGGUGUUUGCUGUUGGCGAAGGAUGCCCUGAGAUACUACAAUGCGUGUGGGAGUUGCCAUGUUAAAUUUCUAUCAGUGAUAGACUCGACCAUGCCAUUUACUGCAACCCUCAUGUCACCCUGUUCUUUCUUCGUGCAUGCAUACUGUGCCUUACCCGUCUACGUCAUGCCCGCUAUAGUUCUUACUCUUUGUGAUGCGUGAUGCAUAGGAAUCGUGGGGUCUACAACCGCUCAUCCCCCCCCACCACCCAAACCUUACAAGCGAGAUGGCGUGUACCGUGCUAACAAAAUCUAAUAUCUCCCUCGUUCAAGGAGUAUAUUUAGCGUGUCAGUGACCUCUAAAAGCGCAGGCUUCCUCCAUCAUAAGCUGCUGCUGCUGCUGCAAGUUAGAUGGAGUUACUGUGGUCUUUAAAGUGUGGGCAGUAUUGUGGUGCUUCAAAUUUAUGUAGCCUGGCCAUUGACUUUUAAAGAUACUUGAAGAAGGCUGCUUGUACAUGAUUU